AUGGUUCAUGUCGAAGAAAGCUUGCAGAUACCCCGGGACUUUGAGGGUUUCGGCGAGGAGGGCUUCGAUCCAAAAUGGCCAGAUGGUGCCCGUAUCGCGGUUUCUUUCGUCCUCAACUAUGAGGAAGGCGGAGAACGAAGCACAUUGGACGGAGACCCUUUCUCAGAACCUUACUUAUGGGAGAAAGGCGCAUCCGGUGGCUACAAAGAAGGCGCCAGGUACCUCAAUGCUGAGCAAGACUUUGAGUAUGGCAGUCGCUCAGCCUCUUGGCGUCUUAUCCGUCUCUUCAAAGAGUUUGGCUGGAGCUUCACUACUUACGCUGUAGCGCACGCGCUCAAGCGCAACCCAACCUUUGCAAAGGCGCUGGUCCGAGACGGGCACGAAAUCGCUUGUCACGGACUCAGAUGGCUGGAUAUCUGGAACUAUUCACUCGAGGAGGACAAGGAAUACAUCAAACAGAACAUCCUGAUGCUGAAGGAAGUAUCAGGUGAGAUGCCCGUCGGCGCUUACUUUGGCCGUGGUACACCCAAUACCCCCUCGCUAUUCCCGGAAGUAUGGAAGAGUCUUGGAGGAGAGUUUCUCUGGUCUUCUGAAUGCUACAACGAUGAUGUUCCUUACUGGCUCGACUUGCCAUGGGAGAAGGAGUUGCCAGAGGAGAAGCGAGAAGGCAUGCUGCUUAUCCCCUACAAUUAUGAUUGCAACGAUGGAAAAUUUCACAUGUCGCCCGGCUUUGGCAGCUCUGUUGCGGAGACGUAUGAGCAGUAUUUGAAGAACACCUUUGAUUGCUUGUACAGAGAGGGCGGCAAGCUGAUGAACAUUCCAUUGCAUACACGUAUCAUUGGCAAACCAGGCAGAUCGGAGGCUUUGAGGAAGUUCAUGAAAUACACACGAGCUCUCGAAGAGCGAGUAGCUUUCUUGGAGAACAAGCUAGCCCAAGUCCCUACCCCAGAAGCAACCACAACUCCAAGGGAAACCGCAAGCAACUACUCGGUUCCGUCGGGUAGAGACAAAAAUGCCCUCAGUGACGUUGUAGCACACGUCUCGCUAGGAAACUUCGAGGCGCCGGCUUAUGUUGGACCCUCGUCUGGACUAUCCCUAGCCCUGAAUCUUGGCGAGAUGGUUCAAGCGACUGUCUGGAAUAAGAUGUUGCCAGACAUACAGGAUGGCACUACAGGCAAUCAAGCUAACUGCAUCAAUCCCAGUCCGAGAUGCAUCACAGUGGAAGAUCUUUUGGCUCAUAGUGUCAAGGAACCUCCAAGUGAUGAGCAGGGUUCUCAAAUGCUCAAAGCGUACACGUCUCAGCUGCACUCCAAGUACCCUUUCCUGGAGCCUGAGGAGUUGUGGAAGUUGCAUAGCGAGAGAAUGACUCUGGCUGCUAAACCAGCACAAACUCUUACAAGGAUUGAACGCUUCGGUAUCUUCAAGUUGUAUCUUGUAUACGCUAUGGGGGCAACUUUAGUGCAAUUGACGCAAAGGGGGCCAGUGUUAUCUCCAGAGGCUCUCUAUAUCACUGCUUUACAGCAUAUCUCAGCAGCAAGGGAGUCGAGAACAGUCCAAAACAUCGAGGCAAUGACGUUACUCGUGAUGUUCCAUCUUCGGUCAACAUCUAGUCAUGGGCUGUGGUACAUGAUUGGUCUAGCAAUGAGAACAUCAAUCGAUCUCGGCUUACAUCGUGCGGCACAUGAACAAAAUCUUGAUGUUCCUAUCGUUCAAAGAAGACGCAGGCUUUUUUGGUCUGUCUAUUCUCUUGAAAGAACCAUAGCAGUGUCGCUGGGUCGGCCUUUAAGCAUCGCAGAUAACCAGAUCGACGUUGAGCUUCCGAAUACCAUCAUCAACGGGGACCCAUCUGCUUCGGUCCUUGUCGGGAACGACAUCACUCUGGCACUUGUUCUUUUCAAGCUUCGCAGGAUCGAGUCCAAGAUUCAUCACUCGGUCUAUCGUACGGACAAGACUUUGGACGCACUCCGGCCCAAACUAGACCGGCUGCAUCAGCAACUCAAAUUCUGGCGGGACUCUCUGAGGGAUUGGAUUCCUGCAGGUCAUCCAGAUCUGAACUAUGCGCUUCUGCUCUAUAAUCGUGCGCUCCGUCUUCUGAUACAGCCGUUUUUGCCGAUAUUACCAGCAACAGACCCGUUCUACGGACUGUGCAUGCGAGCCGCAGGUGACAUAUGCCAAGCACAUAAGAGAUUGCAUCAGACGCUAGACUACGGCCACAGCUUCAUCGCAGUCCAAACAGUCUUUGUUGCAGGAGUCACUCUCGUGUAUGGAAUCUGGACCCAGGGUAAUGCCCUUUGGUCGGUGGCUGUGUCAAACGAUAUCAGAGCUUGCUCCCUAGUGCUCUUCGUCAUGAGCGAGAGGGCUCCCUGGGUACGUAAGUACCGAGACGCAUUUGAGGUGCUUGUCAAUGCAGCCAUGGAAAAGCUUCAGGACAACGAGGCUGGCCUUGCUGAGAUGGCCUCGGCCCAAAUGAGAGCCGGCAAAGCACCGGGCACGGCUGAUAGCCGUGGAGUACAAAGUCCUGACCUCAGUGGGAACGAGACCACGACGCGUCCGAUUGAUAGCACUUAUAAUCAAUUCUUGAUGUCUGAAGACGGUGGAAUAGCGCUUGGGGAGUUUGAGGGCGCUUGGCCGAUGGUUGCAGAGCUUGCAAAUUGGAUCGAUCAGGACACAGAAGGUGCAAGUCCUGUCUGGAUGCCGAAUUUUGAGUUACUACAGAGUCUUUCAGGCACUUGGAACGAAUAG